UUCUUCCCCCCCCCCUCUCUCCCUCACUCACCCACUCUCCUCUUUCUCUCUCCUCCUUUUUCUCAUUGGAACCAUCGAAUCCCUAUAAAAACCAACAAAUAAAUCGCAAUCCCAACCGUUCAACUUCCAUCCAACGGUUAACUUGAGUCGGCGAUUGGUUUUCCCCCCUCUUUCCCCUUGUGGCUUUUUAUCAUAAACCCUAGCCGAUACCCGUCCGUCCCUCCAGCACUCCCGCUUUCUCUCUCUCUCUCUCUCUCUCUCUCUCUCAAACCCAAUCUCUCUCUCUCUACUUUCUCUCUCUUGGUUUUAGAUCUGGUUUGCGUCUCCUGUAAAUUAGUCUCUCCCUCUCUCUCACUCUGUAUGUAUUUCUGUUGAUGUUGUGUACUUCUUGUUAAUCGUACUUGUUAAUUUCUCUCUCUCUCUGAUUCAUUUUCUCAACUGCCAAACACUUUCUUUUUCUUUUUGUUGUUGAUAAUUUUUUCUAACUAAUAGGAAAAAUCUGUUAAUUUCUUUUUUUCUUGUAAUUAAUGAACCCAACUCGUUCCGAGUUCCGAGUCCAACCCCGAGUCUGACCGAGCGCAUAGAGUUCCGCGUUUUCCCCGACCCCGAGUCUGGGACUGAGUCGACUCGGAGAUCGACUAGGCGACUCAGCGAGUCGAGGAGGAGAAGGAGGAGGACGACGAGUAGGAGUGCGCCCAGAGUGGUGCUGCUCUGGAAUCUGAGCACGGAAAUGCCAUCAGUGGAGAUGAGGCGGACCACGAGGGUUUUCGGGAUGGGGACGGCCAAGGGCGGUGUGGACGGGGCUCGGGUUUUGCGGUCCGGCCGCCGCCUCUGGCCCGAGUCGUCCGAGUCCAAGCUCGAGAGGGCCCACCGUGGCGAUGAGGACUGGCUCAAAGUCAUGAAAAGCCAUGCCAGUGAAUCUGUUGUUUCUUUGAAGCCCAAGAGAUGGCCCGGGAGCCACCACAUCCGGAGUUCGAAGCAAACCCCCGUCGUUUCGAAAGUUCCAGUGGCUAAGAAGCCUGAAAGUAAUGAGCUUUUGGCAGAUGAGCUUAUGGCAGAUGAGCUUAAACAGAAGAAGAUGUAUGGGAUUGUGUAUACCCGAAAGAGGAAGCGCACCACUGCGGAUGUGGAGAAGGAAGGUGGUUCCAAUGAUAGAAUGUAUGGGCGGAGAUUUUUUCGGAGGCAGAGGAGGAAGACGAGCGGGGAGCUGGAUUCCCAUGUGGGUUGUGUUGAAAGCAUACCGGUUUCGCAUUCCAGUGCAAGAGUUCCAAAAUUAGCUUGUAGAAACUCACAGUAUAGGAACAGUUUAACUUCCCGUGGUAUUCAGAAGAGGCGGAGUUCAUUGAGCAGAAGGCGAUCUAGAAAUCCUUCGCUGGUUGCCUUUCGGAAGCCCAAUGGAGCCUUAGUUUCUGAGAUAAUCAGUUCUAGGAAGAAAGGCCACCCUUUUUCUUCUGUAGCCUCUAAUAAUAAGCGUAGGAAGUCAGUUCCAACUUCCCCUGUAGGUAACCUGAUAGAAGACGGUUCAACCAUGGAGGGAUCAGCACGGGAUUUGGAUUCUACAUGUUGCUCGGCAAAUAUAUUGAUCACUGAAGCGGGCAAAUGUUACAGGGAAGAUGGAGCAACCGUCAUGUUAGAAACCUCUUCAUCUGGAGAGUGGCUUCUUGUGAUCAAGAAAGAUGGAUUAACCCGUUACACCCACAAGGCAGAGAAAGUAAUGAGGCCCUGCUCUAAAAACCGUCUUACGAAUGUUAAAACGUGGUCUGCGGAUAAUAUUGGGGAUAAUGGUUGGAAGCUAGAAUUUCCCAAUCGAUCUGAUUGGUGCAUUUUCAAGGACCUUUACAAGGAGUGCUCCGAUCGUUCUGUCCCAUCUCCAGCUGUCAAGUUCAUCCCCGUGCCCGGUGUGCAUGAAGUCCCAGGAUAUGCAGAUGGUCACCAUACUCCUUUCCACAGGCCCGAUUCGUACAUAUCUAUGAAUGUUGAUGAGUUGUCUAGAGCCGUGGGAAAGAGAAAUGCAAAUUAUGACAUGGACUCUGAUGAUGAGAAGUGGCUGAAGAAGUUCAACAGUGACUUUGUUGAGGAGGAUGAACUUGAUGACCAUGUUUCCGAGGAUAACUUUGAAUUAAUUGUCGAUGCAAUCGAGAAGGCAUUUUAUUAUAGACCAUAUGAUUUCUCUGAUGACAAUCCAGCUGCAAAUCUUUGUCCGGAGAUGGGAAGGAGGGAAGUAAUAGAGGCUGUAUAUAGUCAUUGGAUGAAUAAACGGAAGCAGAAGCGAGUAUCAUCACUGCUUAGGGUGUUCCAGGCGUAUCAGUCGAAGAGAUCUCUGCUAGACCCAAAGCCUAUCAUGCGCAAGAGAAGAUCAUUCAAGCGACAGCCAAGUCAAGUUGGUAGAGGAAAACAACCGAGUUUCUUGCAAGCUAUGGCUGCAGAACAAGAUGCGAUGCAAGAGCAGAAUGCUGUGUAUAAAGUUGAAGAAGCGAAAGCUGCGGCCCAGAGAUCUGUGGAAUUUGCUAUCCGCAAACGACAACGGGCUCAGUUACUCAUGCAGAACGCAGAUUUGUCAACUUAUAAAGCGACGAUGGCAUUUAGAAUCGCUGAAGCUGCCCUAGUUCUCGGAUCACCGGAUGCCGCUGCUGAUUAUGUUCUUGAUUGACCAAUUUAGGUGGUUUCUGAAUCCUGAUGACAGUCGGAAAUAACAGUUUUCUGGUUACAGGAAGGAUUUUGCAGCCGUUGGUGCCCCCCCCCCCCCCCCGCAUGGCUGUUGUUGAAGCCUUUGGAGGACAGGUCAUGGAUUGAGUGCUAUAAUUUUGUACAGGUUUUAAUUGGAUGUACAUUUGUAUUAUUAAACCUCACAUCGUCAAAUUAUCAGAUAGUGUACGGGUCGAAAUAGUCGAUUUUCUUGGGGGUGUAAAACAAAAAAGAAGGAAAAAGUGAAAAUAUAGCAAAAUUUAACCUUCUUGUUUGGGUGCUCUGUAUGAUAAAUCAAUUUAAAUAAUUACUUGACAUUUUGAUGAUGA